GUUCUCUACUCAUACAAAUGACGUGGCAUUUGUUGCGGACUGAAAACUAGUUAGAACCACUUAACGAGAUAUCAAUAAGCUGAGUUGCUGAUAUGAGUCUGAAUUAAAAGCAUCAUGUUUAUCUGCAUUCACAUUCGCUUUAUUGCACUAUCAGUGCAUUGAACGAGUCUUACUGAACGUACACGCGUUGACAAUCACAUCAGUUAAAUGAAAGCGUUCCCCGCAUUGCAGUGGUCCGCCUCUAUUUAGUUAUUUCUAUUCGCGAUAUAUUCUGCGCUGAACGCAUUAAAUCACAGGCAGUGUUACGUAAUUUAUUCCACAAGUACAUCAGUGCAUAUCCGUUUGUGAAUGUACGUGUGUGAUAGGAAGAAUUACUUGAUAAGAUUAACAGAAAAAGAAACGGAUAAGAUUAAUAAGAAGGAUGUUUUAUUGUGAUAUUGUGUUGAUAUUAAAAAGAUUAUCGAUAUUGAAUCAUAUUAACUUAUUUCAUACGUGCUACUAAAAGUUAAAGUUAAAAAUUUCCAAUCUUUAUGAUAUAUAGCUUUACUGAUACCAGUACAAUCUUGGAUGAUUUGUUUUUUUUCCGUUGUGUAUGAAUAGUCAAUGCAAAAAAAAAAUGCUUUCUUCAUUUAAUUCGGUUUCGCGAUGUGCUGCGUCCAAAAUUUUGAAAUUUCAUUUAAACCACUCACGAUGUUUCUCCAUGCUGCGUUCUAAUCAUAAAGAAAAACGUCAGAUUCAAAGAUCGAAUAUCCAAGCAAGGGUCAAUUUUUCUCAUGCAAUCAAAGCCGCUCACAUGUACAAUCCCGGCGAAUCUCCUAUAACAGACAAAACCAUCGGACAGUUAUUAGAUGAGGCAGUUACGAUGUGGCCUGAACGGACUUCUCUUGUUUCAAUUCCUCAAAAUAUUCGUUUGACAUUCACUCAGCUUCUUCGACGGGUCGACUCGUUGGCCGCGGGUCUCAAAAAGCUAGGCUUAAAAAAGGGUGAUCGACUGGGCCUCUGGGGUCCGAAUGAUGUAGAAUGGUUUAUAACUUUUUUUAGUGCAGCAAGGUUGGGAUUAAUCGUCGUCGCGAUUAAUCCCGCUUAUCAGCAGAACGAAUUAGUGUACUGUUUGCAAAAAGUUGGCGUAAAGGCGAUUAUCUCGCCCGACAAAUUCAAAACGCAAAAUUAUCCAAAGAUGUUGCUCGCCGCCAAGGAAGUGUGCCCUACUUUGGAACAUAUUAUCAUUUAUUCACCUGAUCAUGUGACCGGUACGCGUCGUUUUGCCGACGUUGAAGUUUCGGCAACGACAGCGGAAGUGGAUGCGAUCGCCGCCGAGCAGGACAAAAUAUCGUGCAAUGACGGAUGCAGUAUACAGUUCACGUCGGGUUCCACCGGAAGGUCCAAAGCUACGCUCAUCUCGCACAAAAGUCUCGUAAACAACAGCAAAGAGGCUGCGCGAAGGGCGAAGAUAACUAUCGAGAACAAAAUAUGUUUAAACAUGCCGCUAUUCCACGCAUUUGGUUUGGUAAUGGGUCAAGUGCUCAUCCUUCACAAGGGAAACGCCGUGGUCAUAGAAGAACGCUCCUUCAAUCCAGUAAAAACCUUGAAGGCGAUAGCGCAAGAAAAGUGUGCCAUAACAUACGGAACGCCAACUAUGUGGGUGAACUUAAUCGAGGCACAGCAACGAUUGCAGCUACCGAUGGACAGUCUUCAGGCAGGAAUUACCGGUGGUGCACCUGCGUCUUCUGAACUCUUCAAGCGAAUUCGAGGCUUGCUCGGCUUCAACGAUAUGAUGAGCAUAUAUGGCCUCACAGAAACAACGGCUGUAGUAUUUCAAUCAUUGCGUGGAGAGGAUUGGCACCUUUCGGAGAGCACUGUGGGACAUUUGGGAAAUCAUUGUGAAGCGAUGAUCGUCGAUAAAAACAACUUGCCCGUUCCUUUUGGAAAAUCUGGUGAACUUUGGAUUCGCUCGUAUUGUAAUAUGUUGUGUUACUGGAACGACGAAGAAAUCACAAAGAGGACCUUGACGGAGGACGGUUGGUUAAAAACGGGCGAUCAGGCUGUUUUAGAGGAAAACGGAUACGCUACCAUAGUCGGGAGACUUAAAGAUAUGCUUAUUAGAGGAGGAGAAAAUAUUUUCCCUAGGGAAAUUGAAGAUUUCCUGAUGACUCAUCCCAAAAUAGCACAGGCGCAAGUUAUAGGGGCAUAUGAUGAGGUCUACGGAGAAGAAGUUUGUGCAUGUAUUCAACUUCGCGAGAAUGCUACAAUGACGAAGAACGAGCUAACGGACUAUUGUAAAGGCAAAAUAGCGCAUUUUAAAAUACCGCGUUACGUAAAGUUCGUAGAUGAAUAUCCAAAGACCACGACCGGAAAAAUUCAGAAAUUCCGUCUGAAAGAACAAAUGGAAGACAGCGGUGUGAUACCGGCAAGUCCAAAACAUUCGUAAUAAUUAUGGACAAUAGUGAUAAAAUUUUGUAAAAAAUCUAGUGAUAGAAAUUAUAAAUUGUAUAAUUAUUAUUGCGCGAGUUUACAUAAAUUAUAUAAUUUACAAGUCUAGGAAUUAUAUGUCUAUUAAUUGUGUAACUAAUAGAUAUUAUAAAACAUUGUAAAAAUUAUA